AUGAAAUUUUCAGAUGUUGCUGAUUCAUAUGCACUGAUUGGGUCAUGUCUCGAAAAAAUGGCGCUGCAAGAGUUGGAUCGUGAGUUGCAAAAAGAUUUAGUACGAGGGUCACUCACAUUCGAAAAGCUCAAAAAGCAUGAGAGUCGAGUAGCGACUGAUGAAGAACUGAAGUUGGGUGAUACUCUGCAAUACUAUAUGAAAGACACGGAUGCCGCUAAGUUAAGUCGUGCUAUAUUUGAAAAAUGUUAAGUGAAGAGUAUCGCAAAUGUUAAGACCCGAAGUAUUGGCGAGAAGAUUGCUG